AUGAACAACAAUCAGUCGCAGGGGUUUUAUUCGAUAGAAACUAACCUCUUCAUCGUGGCACCGUGGCUCGCGGCACCUGGUGUUCCCACUUCAGAUGCAGAUCGUAUUCUUCCGGGAUGUGUAAGAUUCGUCACAAGAGCUGGUGGUCCUGCCGAUCUCGUCUACGAAGGGAUUCCGCUCUUCGGUCCCGUCCCGAAUGCUCCUGCCCCGGCUCCAACACCCACACCCAACGACCCAGUACUCGCCCACAAUGUCCCGGCUGAUCAUGCUCCGAACCCCGCUCCAAUGGCCGCACCCAACGUCCCAGGUAAGCUCUUCACCACUCACCAACGGAACAACGGCGAGGCCGCGUACAUCGUGCGGAGCUUCAGAGGUAAGGUCAUGUAUCCGUUCGGUGCUAAUCAGAUGUGCAAAACAGCUCUGGCCGCUCACGUCCUGGCUGCUCUUGCCCCCGCUCCAACCGUGGCACCCAACGCCCCAGGUAAGCUAUUCAACACUCACCAGGACAGCAACAAUGAGGCCACGUACACCGCCCCGAGCUUCAUAGGCCAGUUCAUGUAUCCUUGCGAUGUUAAUCAAAUGUGCAAAACAGCUCCCGCCGCACCCGUUCCCGCCGCCAUUCCACCAAUUCGAGCCGCCACACUCAACGCCCUGCUUGGUAAGCUCAUCACCACCCACCGGGAGAACAACGGCGAGGCCGGGUACAUCUCGCUGAGCUUCAGUGGCAUGUUCAUGUUUCCGGUCAGUGCUAAUCAGAUGUGCAAAACAGCUGUGUCUUUCCUCCAGCGCCCGUACCCUGACCCCGACACCCUCAACGUCAAGAAGCUGAGGGUGUUCUGUACCGUCCACAACAUCGGCCUGAAAAGGCGCGAUUUGAGGGAGGACAUCGUGGGGAAGGUGCGGGAAUGGUUGGAGGAUCACUAG